AGAAUAAACACACUCGUCCUUAUAUAUUUUAUCGUGCUUUUGUGGUAUCCUUAUUUUAGAUAAAUGUCUCGUCAACUCCUCCAUCGUAGUUGAUAGUUUUCACAAUAUCGAACAAGAACUCAAUUCCAAUUACGAAAACGCUUUUCUAUAUGGAAUUACAAUUAACCUAUUCGCAAAUUUCUGGUCUUUCGUAUCUAUGACAAGCGUAAUUUGGAAAUGAAUCAAGAGAACCGGAACGUAUUCGAUUCUUCUUGUUUCUCUUUAAAAGUCAGUGGUACUCAACCAUCAACGACUUUUCUGUCUCAACUGAAUGUAAAGACGGUUUCAUAACUCACGUGUAUUUCUGUGGAAUAUCUUUGGAGGAUUGAUUCUACACGUUACAUCAACGAAAGAUGUUUUCGCAUAUACAUGUUUUAUAUUUUUAAUAUGACAAGUGUAAGUCGAAAAUUAUUUUCAUCGGACCAUGGGUAAAAAAGAAGAAUUCUUCUAUCGUUAGACUUAUAUCUUAUACAAAGAAUCCUGUGAAUGUUAUGCUGGAAACGGGACUGAUACUUAAAAGCAAAAGUUAUUGUAUAUUGACGCUAUUAAUAAAGAAAAACGAAAUAUUUUUUAUUCUUCGUUUUUUAAUAGUACGUUCAUAAAAAACAUAAAUUUACAUUUCUGCAAUGAAGUUAUCGGUGAAGGAAUAUUUCUUCCUCUCGAUGAUCAUCUUACAUAGAUGUAUUUUUCGAGGGAAAUAAUAUAUUAAAAUUAAUGCAUAAUAAAAUAUUGUGCACAAAAAUAUAUCGAACAAGGAAAAUCUAAUUUUUUUCUCUUACACAUUUUACAAGCAGAAUUCCUUUUAAUAGAUCGUAUAUGUGCGUAGGUAUAUAUAUGUACCUACAUACGCACUUAUAUACGCGAUGAUUCAUUCCGUCGUUAACCUACAAUAAAGUUUAUAUUAUGCUUAAACAUAUUACUGAGGCAUGAUAACGUAAGUUUUAAUACGGAGAGACAUUAUUUAUUCGAAUCACAUGUAAUGUUGAUGAUUAAUUAUAAUUUAUAUUUGAAUUCAAAGCAAUGGAAAAAGAGAGAUUCACAAUGCUCCUUUUGGAGCCAGGAGAGAUAUUUUUUGAAGAUUAUAGCGUUCUGAUGAAAAUGCUCGAUGCUUCUUCUUUGGAGGAGCAAAAAUGGAUAGAUGGAAGAUUAAAAUUAUGUUCAAAGUCUUUAGUGUUUACAAAUAAAGACAUUAAUCAACCUUUAAUAAAAAUACAACUAAAGGAAGUUAUAGCUGUUGAUCAAUGCGAUUCUAAUAGCAGCAUAUCAAAACACAGCAAUGUAUUAUCGGUCCAAUGUAAGCAAUAUGUGGAAAUGUUGGAGAAAAAUAUACUCGCACCAUAUAAGUUUAUUCACAAACAUGUAACUUUAUAUUUUUACUUUAACUACGCAAAAAUAGAAGAUUGUCUUCCACAAAUUUUGCAAUUGCUUAGAGCUGCUACAUUACCAACUGCAGAACAAAAUGCUAUGAUUAUGGCUAUCGUGCACUCCAGACAAUCCAGAGUCUCUUUCGACACAUCCUGGUUAGAGGAUCUGUAUGAACAGGUCGUAUUAGAAACUCAAGCAAAUAAAGUACUACCGCUUGUCAUAAAUCCAGGAAGAAUACUUUUAACAACUUCUAGAAUUUAUUUCCAACCUUACAACAACUUGGAUCAACAUCCAGUUCUAAAAAUACAACUGAAGGAUAUUGUUAAUAUUAUAAAGAGAAGAUUUCUCUUAAGACAAGUUGGACUCGAAAUUAAGUGGACAAGGCAACCAGAAAAUAAAGUAGAACAUUUGUUUGUAUCAUUGAAAAAUCAAAAUGAUAGGGAUGAACUUUACACAAGUUUAUUAAAUCAACCAACAGUGUCUUUAGAAAGAAUACCUCAGGACCAGAUGACUAUGAGAUGGCAAAACGGUUCUUUAUCAAAUUAUGAUUAUCUCUUGUACAUUAACAGUUUAGCAGAUAGAACUUUCCAUGAUCUAACUCAAUAUCCUGUAAUGCCAUGGAUAAUACAAGACUAUAUAUCCUCUACAUUGGACUUAAAUGAUUCUAAUGUAUACAGAGAUCUUUCUAAACCUGUCGGCGCACUCGACUCUGACAGAUUAGAAAGAUUAAAGGAACGAUACACGGAAAUGUCGGAACCAAAGUUUUUAUAUGGUUCGCAUUACAGUGCACCUGGCUUUGUAUUAUUUUAUUUAGUACGAAAGUACCCACAGUAUAUGUUGUGUCUACAAAACGGCAGAUUUGAUCACCCAGAUAGAAUGUUCAAUAGUGUAGCUGACGUAUGGAAAAAUGUUUUGGUGAACAUGUCUGACUUUAAAGAACUGGUCCCGGAGUUUUAUGACACAAACAAUGGUGGUGAUUUUUUAGUGAAUAGUUAUAGCAUCGAUUUUGGCUAUCGUUACAAUGGUACAAAAAUAGGAGAUGUAGAAUUACCACCAUGGGCAAAAGGACCAGCACAUUUUGUACAAAUAUUAAGAAACGCAUUAGAAAGUGAUUAUGUAUCCGAAAAUCUUCAUCAUUGGAUCGAUUUAAUAUUCGGGUACAAACAAAGGGGAACUGAAGCUGUGAAAGCAGACAAUGUGUUCUUUCAUUUAUGCUAUGAGGGAGCUGUAGAUUUGGAUACUAUUCGAGAUGCCAACGACAGGCAUGGCUUAGAAGUACAAAUUAUGGAAUUCGGUCAAAUACCGAAACAAAUAUUUACUUUGCCUCAUCCUAAACGUUCUGUUUCACUGAUGGAUAAAUUAUACGGUGAAACUGUUUUAAUGUCUUCUAAAUGUGGGGCAGGAAAUGAAAGUCUCGGUGAGAAGGCGUUUGAAUUGCGUCAAUUAAUGACAUUCCAAUCUCAUAAAGAAAGUGUAAGCAGUAUAAUAGUGAUGAACGCGGAAAAAAUUGAUGAAGUCGCGUCAGUGGGGCAAGAUGGGAACCUUAAAUUGUACAGUAUAAAAACGAAAAAGUUAACGCGUAGCGUAGCUUUAUCGAUGCUACCACUUUCUUCUUGCAUAUCAUACUACCCGACCUCUCGUCGUAAUAUAUUAGUUGUGGGCUCUUGGGAUAAUUCAUUGAUAUUUUACGACGUUGAAUUCGGUAGAGUAAUAGAUAUAUUGCCAGGACAUGAAGAUGCAGUUUCUUGUUUAACUAUAAGUCCUUCUCGUCGGAUUAUUAUAUCUGGUUCGUGGGACUGUACGGCGAAAGUUUGGCAAAGUUAUAUUUCUGGGAAAAAAAUAAAACCAGCAGAAUACCUUAUUGCACAGUUAGAUCACGACUCUAAAGUGACUUGUAUCAAUAUCUCAAAGGAUGACACGUUAUUGGCAUCUGGUACAGAAGAUGGAGAAAUUUUUCUGUGGAAUCUGGAUACUUAUAAUUUACAGUUUACCGUGAAAGGACAUACCAGUAAAAUAAACGCGAUGAUUUUUGAUCAAGAAAGUAAAAGCGUGAUAUCAUGCGCGGAAGAUAAAGUAUUGAAUAUAAUUGAUGUCCAUACAAGUACACAGAUUUAUCGUACAACCAUAGAAUAUGAACCUUUAACAUUAUCGUGGUUGGGAAUAUUUUUAUUGGUAGGAGAUAGCAAUGGAAAUAUUAAUAUAUGGCAUCAUCCAGAUGCGAUAUUUAUUUCACAAGUACACUGUCAUGAUGGACCAAUUCAUGCAUUAGCAGUAUCUGCGGAAAAUAAUGUAAUUUUAACUGGUGGGAAGGACAGAAAAAUAAUUGUAUGGGAUUGCAAAAUGUUAUGAUUUUCAUAUAAUACUUGUUACGGUUGAAACGUUUGUCCACAAGGUUGACUGUGAAUAUUACAUUGAAAACGUUUAACAUGGAAACAAUAUAAUAGAUAAAUUACAUUUGAAACAAUCAUACAAUAUUCAAUGGAUAAAUAGUGAUAAUGUUGGUUGAUAAUCUAAUUAUGUUGUGCAAGUUGUAAGAUUUUAAUAAGUUUUAUUUUGUACUGUUGCGUAUUCCUGACAACUUGUUAAAAUUUUAAUCGUAACGUGUUCCAUUUAAUAUGCUACUUUCCUUGUAAAUCGUGCAUUUCAUUGUAAAGAUUAUUCUCCAAUAAAGUGGUACACAUUAAAUAGUG